ACAUUUAGGAACCAUCGCUAAGCGACGAAGACAAAUUUCCGUUCUCUCUGAAUUGAAUUUGCGCGUGCGCGGAAAUCUACACGUGAAGCUAACGCUUGAACUAGCGACUAGUUUAAACGUCCGUAGCAGCGUAAAGCCAAACCUGUGAAUUUCACGUUUUGUUGUUCUCCUCUCGCCUAGCAGAAAGGACGUACUCCUCAGUGAAGCAUUUCGCCGAGAGGGACGAAAUAUCAACACAAGUAUUUUUCCACAAUGAAUGAAGCCCCAGUGAACCCGAAGGCCUACCCGCUGGCCGACGCCACGCUCACCAAAACCAUCCUGGACUUGGUGCAGCAAGCCUCCAACUACAAGCAGCUGAGGAAGGGGGCCAAUGAAGCCACAAAGACCCUGAACAGAGGAAUUGCUGAAUUCAUCGUCAUGGCAGCUGAUUCCGAGCCGCUGGAGAUCAUCCUCCAUCUGCCGUUGCUGUGCGAGGACAAGAACGUCCCGUACGUGUUCGUGCGUUCCAAACAGGCCCUGGGCCGCGCCUGCGGGGUCUCGCGUCCCGUCAUCGCCACCUCCGUCACCAUCAAGGAGGGUUCUCAGCUCAAACCCCAGAUCCAGACGGUUCAAAUGGCAAUUGAGAGACUACUCAUAUAAUUUUUUUUUUUUUUUUUUUUUGCACUUCUUCCAAAAAGAAAAGUUGCAAGUCUCAACUUAGACGUAACCAUGUUGUGAAAACUGUGGGGUGAGAGGAUAGUUUUUCUUUUAUUGUUGAACCACUUACGCCCGUUUAUUUUUUGUCAUGCAAUCGCCUGAUUCAUAAUAAAAUAUUUUCAACAUU